CUACUGAGCUCACUGCACAGCGUGUACUCUCGAAAUGGAGUUUAAGUGGUUGAAAAAACUGAUCCCAGGAAAACAGUCCCGCAGGAAGGAGAAGAUGCAGCGAAAACGGGAGGAGCUGCAGCGGAAAGAGGAGGACUUAAAGCAGAUAGAGGCGGAGUUUAGUCAGAAAGAGGGGGAGUUUCAGGAGAAACAAGAGGAAAUGCAGCGGAAAGAGAAGGAGAUGCAGCAGAAAGAGAAGGAGAUGCAGCUGCAGAAAGAGGAGAUUCUGCAGAAAGAAGAGGAGGUUCUGCAAAAAGAGAAGGAGGUUCUGCAAAAAGACAAGGAGGUGCAGCAGAAAGAGAAGGAGAUGCAGCAGAAAAAGAAGAAGAUGGAGCAGACAGAGAAGGAAAUACAGCAGAAAGUGAAGGAAAUGCAGCAGAAAAUUAAGGAGAUGCAGCAGAAAGAGAGGAAGAUGCAGAAGAAAGAGAAGGAGAUGCAGAAGAAAGAAAAGGAGAUGGAGCUGCAGAAAGUGAAGGAGAUGCAGCUGCAGAAAGAGAGGGGGAUGCAGCAGAAAGAGGAGAUGCAGCUGCAGAAAGAGGAGAUGCUGCAAAAAGAGAAGGAGGUGCAGGAAAAAGAGAAGGAGAUGCAGCAGAAAGAAAAGAAGAUAGAGCAGACAGAGAAGGAAAUACAGCAGAAAGUGAAGGAGAUGCAGCAGAAAAUUAAGGAGAUGCAGCAGAAAGAGAGGAAUAUGCAGAAGAAAGAGAAGAAGAUGAAGCUCCAGAAAGAGAAGGAGAUGGAGCUGCAGAAAGAGAAGGAGAUGGAGCUGCAGAAAGAGAAGGAGAUGCAGCUGCAGAAAGACAGAAGAUUGGAGCUGCAGAAAGAGAAAAUUCUGCAGAAAGUGAAGGAGAUGAUGCUGCAGAAAGAGAAGGAGAUGGAGCAGACAGACAAGGAAAUACAGCAGAAAGUGAAGGAGAUGCAUCAGAAAAUUAAGGAGAUGCGGCAGAAAGAGAGGGAGAUGCAGAAGAAAGAGAAGAAGAUGAAGCUCCAGAAAGAGAAGGAGAUGGAACUGCAGAAAGAGAAGGAUAUGCAGCUGCAGAAAGAGAGAAGAUUGGAGCUGCAUAAAGAGAAAAUUGUGCAGAAAGUGAAGGAGAUGAUGCUGCAGAAAGAGGAGAUGGAGCAGACAGACAAGGAAAUACAGCAGAAAGAGAAGGAGAUGCAGCUGCAGAAAGAGAGAAGAUUGGAGUGA